AUGAAUCCCCUAAUUUCUGCUGCUUCCGUUAUUGCUGCUGGAUUGGCCAAAGGACUUGCUUCUAUUGGACCCGGAGUUGGUCAAGGUACUGCUGUGGGCCAAGCCGGAGAAGGUAUUGCUAGACAACCAGAAGCAAAGGGUAAAAUACGAGGUACUUUAUUGCUUAGUCUGGCUUUUAUGGAAGCUUUAACAAUUUACGGGCUGGUCAUGCUUUCUGUUACUUUGAAAGUAGUUGCUUCAGCUUCAGCCACUCGAAUUUUUGAUAUUCCUUUCUAUUUCUCAUCGAACGAAUGGCAUCUUCUUCUAAAAAUCCUAACUCUUCUUAGCAUGAUAUUGGGGAAUCUCAUUGCUAUUACUCAAACAAGCAUGAAACAUAUGCUUGUAUAUUCAUCCAUAGGUCAAAUCAGAUAUGUAAUUAUUGGAAUAAUGGUUGGAGACUCAAAUAAUGGAUAUGCAAGCAUGAUAACUUAUAUGUUGUUCUAUAUCUCCAUGAAUCUAGGAACUUUUGCUUGCAUUGUAUUAUUUGGUCUAUGUGUUGGAACUGAUAACAUUCGGGAUUAUGCAAGAUUAUACACGAAAGAUCAUCUUUUGGCUCUCUCUUCAGCCCUAUGCUUCUUAUCCCUAGGAGGUAUUCCUCCAUUAGCAGGUUUUUUUGGAAAACUCCAUCUAUUCUGGUGUGGAAGGCAGGCAAGACUAUAUUUCUUGGUUUCAAUUGGACUCCUUACGACCGUUGUUUCUAUCUGCUAUUAUCUAAAAAUAAUCAAGUUAUUCAUGACUGGAUGA